AUGUCGAACAUCACUGAUCAUUCGUUCUACGAGAUACCGCAGAACCUUGCUACCAAGGCCCAACUGUCCCGCACAGACGCUCUUUUAGCGGCGGUUGGUAUAGGCAUUGCUGUGCAUCUCACUUUCAAGAAGUAUGAAUCCUACGAGCCACUUGUAGUGUUCACCCUACUUCUGGGAGUCCCUUCGGGCCUUACCUCCCUUUACCUACCUCACGCAAGCACGCUCUGGACGGCGGUGCUUACGAUUUUCCCCCUUUUCUGGGGAAGUAUUCUGGCUUCGCUUGUAGCUUAUCGACUUUCUCCCUGGCAUCCUCUGGCCAAAUAUCCAGGGCCACUCCUUUGCCGAGUAACCAAAUUAUACGGUGCCUUUAUGUCAACCUCGGGAAAACAGUAUACGUUAUAUUCCAAGCUUCACGCACAGUACGGUGAUGUCGUGAGAGUCGGCCCAAAUGAGUUGUCGAUCAUUGAUCCGCACUCUGUACAGCCGACAUUAGGAGCAACGGGACUCGCCAAAGGACCAUUUUGGGAUGGACGAGUACCCCCUAAUCAACCUGUGAAGCCGUUAAUCGCCAUCAACGAUAAGCAGGAACACGCUAGGCGCCGACGACCUUGGACAAGGGCCUUCAGCACAAACGCCCUCAAAGGAUAUGAAGAGACCGUCAUCAAAAGGUCCAGUCAGCUCGUUGACUUGGUUUUGUCACAGAAGGGUGCUGGGAAUUUUACUGAUUUUACUUCUUAUUUUGCAUAUGACAUUAUGAGUGAUUUGGCGUUUGGUGGAGGAUCAGAGAUGAUGAAAGCACAAGCAGAUGAACAAAAUCUUUGGCAUAUGAUUGAAGCAUCUCAGCAAAGCGCAACAUUCAUGAGUCACGUACCUUGGCUAGCCGGCAUUUUGUUUAGACUCCCUUUUGGGUUGGGCGAUCUUAAAGAAUUCCGAAACUAUGCCAGAAGAAAAGCUGCAAUGAGAAGAACCCAAGGCUCAACUCAUAAAGAUAUCUUCCACCAUUUGAUUGAUGAGGACGGUGUAGCUUCGGAACGUCCAACUGUAGCUGAGAUUGUGAGCGAUGGUGGUUUGGCAAUUAUUGCAGGCUCCGACACCACUGCUACUGCCCUUGCGCACAUAUUCUACUUCCUGAUAUGCAAUCCUACCAUCUAUAAACGUCUACAAGCUGAAGUGGACGGGCUUGGAAAUGACAUAAUGGACUCUAGCAAGCAAGCGCAUUUACCUUACCUCAAUGCUGUUAUAAAUGAAUCAUUACGAUUAUUCCCACCAGUUCUUACAGGAUCUAACCGUAGAGAUACAAGCGGGAGGAUGCUCGGGCCUCACUUCGCUCCAGAGGGAACCACCGCUAUUGUUCCAAUAUACACUCUACACCGUGACCCCCGUAACUUCUCUCCCGCCCCUGAUGCAUUCAUUCCGGAACGUUGGAUGCCCGAGAACGUGCGAAAGGAGCUUGAGCCUCAAAUUUUCAACGACUCGGCAGAAUAUAUUCACAACGCCAACAUGUUCAUACCCUUUUCGAUGGGCCCCGCGAACUGUGCCGGAAAGAAUUUGGCGUACCAGGAAAUGCGCAUGGUGGUUUGCCUGAUGAUACAACGAACCGAACUCAAAUUCGCAGAAGGUUACAAUCCGACGAAGUGGAUAGAUGACUUGCAGGACUUCUUUAUCACUGUUAAAGGCCCGCUUCCCGUUGUUGCCACUCCUCGCAGGGCAUUCGAUUUUACGAUGACUCUCUAUGGUUCCGUAGAUGACGAUGAGUACCGCUUGCCUACUAACGUCAAGCCCAAUCACUACGAUAUCACUGUCAAGACUGAUCUGAAGGAACUCACGUUCGAGGGUUAUGUUAAGAUCAGGCAUGUCAACUUGGAAGUCAAAAACGAAACUUUUGCCAUUGUUCUGAACGCAUCUGAAGAUCUGGAUCUCAGGAAGGCGUUCAUCUACUUUGAUGGAUCAAAGAAACUCCAGAAUGCUACUAUCUCAGUGGAUAAAACAAAGGAACGUGCAACGUUCAGCCCACCAGACAAGCUUUUGGCAGGGUCUCAAGUCGAACUGAGGAUUUACUUUGCCGGCAAGCUUACCGGGAACAUGGCAGGGUAUUAUCGAUCGUCAUGGCAAAAUGAGGGAAAAACUGAGUACUAUGCUCUCACUCAAUUUGAGCCCACGGCGGCUCGUCGCGCUUUUCCGUGCUGGGACGAACCCCUCCUAAAAGCAACAUAUUCCAUCACAAUGAUAUCACGGGCAGAUACAGUAAACCUGAGCAACAUGUCCGUGGUUUUUGAAGAGCCGAUCAGUGAGAGUACCAUCAUGUCCGAGUCGUCUGACAUAUCCAACUUUAUCCUUGGGCCCAUUCGAAACGAAAAUUGGAAGAUAACCAAAUUCGAGACUUCACCACCGAUGUCGACGUAUAUUGUGGCAAUGGCAAAUGGCCCAUUCAAGUUCUUAGAGACCUCAGUCGUUAUGCCCGUCAGCGGGAAGACCAUUCCUCUACGUGUUUAUGCUACCCCUGACAUUGUUCACCAAGCACAGUAUGCGCUCGAUGUAAAGGCGGCUGUUCUGCCCCUCUACGAGAAGAUAUUUGAUGUCAAGUAUCCGCUCCCCAAACUCGAUACUCUUGUGGUCAGCGAUUUUGACGCUGGCGCUAUGGAAAACUGGGGGCUGAUUACUGGACGAACAAGUGGACUCUUGCUCGAUCCUGAACGACCAGAUAUCAGAACGAAGAAGGGAGUGGUGGCUAUGCAAAGCCAUGAGGUAUCUCACAUGUGGUUCGGGAACAUCACAACGAUGGAAUGGUGGAAUAAUCUUUAUCUCAACGAGGUUGCCACUUUGAUGGGUGAAGUGAUCAUUCCAGACAGAGUAUAUCCUGAAUGGCGCGUUAACUCCGAAUUCAUAACCGACCAUCUAAAUCAAGCACUCAAGUUGGACUCAAAGAUCUCCUCCCACCCAGUCGAAGUUGACUGUCCGGAUGCUAAUAAUAUCAAUCAGAUCUUCGAUGACCUUUCAUACUCCAAGGCUGGCUCUGUGCUUCGAAUGCUUGCUCACUACGUCGGGGAGGAGAAAUUCCUGAAAGGAGUGUCUAUUUACCUCAAAAAGAAGCUCUUUCAAAACAGUGUCACCCGUGACUUGUGGGAUGGAAUCAGCCAAGCGACUGGACUCGACAUUGCCGACUUGAUGGAAAAUUGGAUCACCAAGAUUGGCUUUCCUGUAUUAACUGUGACUGAGAACGCAGAAGGUAUCAAUGUGCGUCAGGAUCGCUUUUUAGAAACAGGUAAUCCAUCCGAAAAGCAGAAUCAAACCAUAUGGAACAUACCCUUGAAUAUCUUAUCGAUCAAGGAUGGGAAAGCAAUUGUCGACAAUGAACCAGUGUUACGCAAACGUGAACAACACUUCCCAUUGGAUACCACCAAACCUUUCAAACUAAAUGCAGGUACCAACGGUGUUUAUCGAGUCUUCUAUACCCCAGAGCGUCUGAAGCUGAUUGGCGCCGAGGCUGCAAAACGCGAUACGAUAUUUUCUUUGGAAGAUAGAAUUGGAUUAGUCUAUGACACGAUGGCUUUGUCCAGAGCUGGCUUCGCUAACAUCAGCAGUUCGUUGUCAUUGGUAGAACAGCUGAGAAACGAAACGGAAUACCUUGUGUGGCAGGCAAGCGCCGGAAGUCUUACUGAUAUCCGGAGUGUCUGGUGGGAGUAUCCUGAUAUUUCAGGCAAAUUUGAUGCGUUCUGUCGCUCUCUUUUUGUCCCCAUAGUGGAUCGAUUAGGAUAUGACUAUCCCGUGGGAGAACCAAUCGAUGACUCGUUGUUAAGAACUCUGGCUAUCGAACAAGCCUUCCAUGCAGAAGACCAAAGUGUCACUGAGCGACUUCAAGGACUGUUCAAACGCUAUCAAGACACUGGAGACAACUCUAUACCGGCAGAUCUAGAGGGUGUUGUGUAUUUGGCAGCUUGCCGAUACGGAGGAAGAGAGGUCUAUGACGUUAUGGCCAGGAUCUACGAAAAACCAAAAACACCGAGCGAGCAGCAAUCUGCUAUCCAUGCCAUGUGCAGUGUUAAGGAAGAAUCUUUGAUCAAUGCGACUUUCGACUUCAUUGUGAAUAAAGCGAGAGAUCAAGAUGUUGGGACAUUUUUCUCUGCUCUGGCGUCAAAUUUCAAUGCUCGUAGACCUCUAACCAAGUUCUGGGAGGAUAAUUAUGAUGCGAUGUAUAAACGAUUCGAAGGGAACUUCAUGCUCAGUUAUUUGAUUCCUCGUGUCACGUCUUUUUACUCUACCAAGGAGGAUUUCGCCAAGAUCAAAGCCUUCUACAAAGACAAGGAUACUUCCAAGUAUAAUCAGGCACUCGCGCAGGCACUCGACAAUAUCCACGCCAGAGCAAGAUCCACGGAAGAUCUGAAGAAAUGGCUGGCGGAACGCCACUAA